AUGUUCAUUCUCACCAAGUUCGAGGAUCUUGUCCAGAUCCCGCCUCAUGGAUUCACAAACAACCAGAUUACUUCCAAAGACCUCGAGGACCGUAUUAAUGAGAAAUACUCGAACAAGGUUGUACAGAAAACCGGACUAUGUAUCUGCAUGUACGACCUGCUUAAGGCCUCGGAUGGCUUGAUCGGCACUGGCACAGGCAAUGCAAAUGUGAAUGUCACAUUUCGAAUGAUUGUUUUCAGACCGUUCAAAGGCGAGAUUAUUACCGGUACCGUGCAGAAAUGCACACCUACAGGAAUCCGAAUCACUACGCAGUUCUUCGACGACAUUUUUGUCCCCCAGACAAUGCUGUUCGAAGGUUGCCAUUUCGACGAAGCAGAAAAGACCUGGGUUUGGAGGACAGAAGAGUCUGAACUCUGGUUUGAUGAAGGUACCGUUGUGAAUCUACGGAUCGAGGCCGAGAAAUGGCACGAUCUCGCACCCAAAGGUCCCAACGAAGUCGAGAAAGAAGGGGAACGGAAAGUACCUUAUGCAAUCGAGGCGUCUAUGGCUGAGGCUGGCCUGGGAGGAGUCGAAUGGUGGUGA